CUUUCCUCAGAACAAUCUGACAAUUGUAAACUCCAUGAUACCCAUCAAGACAUAUCCGAUCCAUGUAAUUUUACCACUGCCACCACAGCCAUGUAUGAUAAUAGUGUUUACAAAACACAUGGUGGCAGCAAGGUAUCUGAAAACCCUACAGCAGCACACACAGAACUGCCGAUAAAACAACUGAACUUUUGCGUAUCACAAAAGUCCGACUACACUGGUUCAUCACUAGAUAGGGUAAAGCCCCCUUCAUCAUUCAUCUCCAGUUUAACCUCAUUCGAUACCGGUACAUCUCAAAAUGAAUUCACAGAUUGUGGAACUCAAAACUUCUUCAGCGUACCUUUUGCCUCGACCUCCGAGAAAUCCUCCAGCCAUGUAAGAAACAACAAACAGAACUCCCC